AUGGAGGUUUUUGUUAUGCGCAAAGGUGAUAGAAGAGAGUCAGAGACUCUUAUAUUCUAUACAAGGAUUACCACAGACCAUAAGUUUACAAUUACUAUUGACUCUGCCACCGGAGCUGUUAUUACUUCAUCAAGACUGAAGAAGGGUGAUUUGUUUUUGGCUGAUGUCAACACUCAAUUGAAGAACAAGAAUGUUACUGCUGACAUUAAAGUAGACACAAGCUCCAAUCUUUUCACAACCAUUACAAUUGAUGAAGCUGCUCCUGGGUUGAAGACAAUUUUAAGCUUCAGAGUUCCUGACCAAAGUUUUGUAUUGGUCAUGAUGCUUGACAAAUCAGGAACGACAAGGGGGACUCUGAGUGCAUCAUACUACCACACACUCAGCCCCCUCAAUACUGCUGUUGGCGCAGAGGUGGCCCAUAGCUUCUCCACCAAAGAGAACACCAUUACUGCUGGUACUCAGCAUCAGUUGGAUCAGCUGACUACUGUGAAGGCGAGUGUAAACAAUUUUGGCAAGGCAACUGCACUGCUGUUGCUUUUAAGCCAUAGGCUACUGAUGGGUUUGGAGAUAUGA